CAUAUAUUCCCCCACCUCGUUAACUCUUUUCCUUUCUUUAAGCGUAAAUAAAGACAGGAAUGUGAUGCGCCCCAGUAUUUCACAACCCCUCCUCCUCUGUUUAUGGAGUUUACUUCUUGCCGGGACGGCAGCACACCUUCUGCAAGACCGCGGCUAUAAAGACAAAUUCGACAACUUUUACUACGUCACACAGGGCGAAUGGGCAUGCAGCAAGCUCAAGUUAGAAUAUAUUCGAUUUGGGAUUAGGGAGGCACAUGGGCUUGCCGAAAAUUCUCUUAAUGUACUAAAAAGUAGAGGCUCUGAAACAUCACCUGCAUUUAGCCUGUGGUUUGGAAAGAGUAAUGCUACCCCUCAAAUGGUAGACAUCCUUAUCAAGCAACAUUACAGAACCGCCUUGUCACAUCUGUCUUCUCCUACAAAGAAGACACAGUUUUAUUUUGACAAAGUCCCCAAAUUCAGGGCGAUCAAAGACAACAAGAAACCAACGUUCAACUCUAUUGUCUACGCAUGUCCUCCUGAUAACGAUUCAGCCAAGAUGUGUGGUCCAGAGAACUUAGCUACCGCUAUCUAUGAGCCACGUGGCAAAUCUUCAACAAGAGGCCCAACUAUACUCGGCUUCUGCCCCACCUACUUUAAGCAUGAGGUCUUUGCUAAAAAUAUUGACAUGGUGGACAAUUAUCGGAGAGAUCGCAAGACUGAUAAGCCAUCAAGAGGCUUCCUGUUACUGCACGAGCUUCAGCAUAUCUCAAAGGCAACGUUUCCCGACCCUCCUGCCGAGGACGUAGAUGAGCCGCCCCCCGCCAGAUCUAGUAACAGUAAAUGCUAUUCCCCGGCAUGCUGUGCAAAACUCUCUGAUUCUAACAAGAUCCGCAAUGCCGAGAAUUAUGCACUGUUUGCCCUUCAUGUUGCCGCAUUCCCAAUAACUGGGAAACCAAUCACGUGAGGUGAUAAUCACCUUUUUGCCCUUGUCAAGGAAACAGCAAAGCUCUACGGCUCAGCUUCUCUCUUGUACAGCGAGACAUCAUGUCCACAACUUCUCUGUACGUCCUUGAGCAGCACCGCCGUGAUCAUGCAUAAAUGAGCUUGAUUGUCCCCUGGUCCCGCCGCGGGCUUGUUCUAGGUGAUGAAAUGUGGUGUUCUAGUUGGAUAGACAAGUAGUGGCAGUGUUGGUAGUGGCGGUGUCUGCUAAAUAUCCGUAUGCUUAGAGACCAUGAACCAACUAAAAGGGGGCCGUCAUUCUACCAGCUGCCCCGCAAGUACCGGCUUUUUCUCAAAGACCAUGGAAGCAAUCGCUACGAAGUGGCAUUGUCAACUGAAGGGUUCCUAGCCAGCAAGUGAUUAAGCUUGCGGUUUUAAGUUUCGAUGGAUGUCACGUACCUCUCGU